UUAUCUCUACUUUGUACUUUGCAAGCGGUAAUCAGUCGUAUUUUGUGAAAGAAAAUCGUUUGCAUUUUCUGAAAAUGGGUGUACACGACGCCAUGAACUACGUCCUUUUUAACAAUCCAAUCGCCAGCAAUGUCUGGUGGUAUUUAUCAUCAAAUAAAUCGAAGACGGGAGCUAUUGUCCAGCAGGCGGCCAAUCAAAGUACUAAGGUCGUAGCGGAAAGCCUCCCGCCAAUAUGGAAACUACUUGGCGCUAAUCGGCACAUUCUCAAGCUAGCCGGCUUAAGUGGUGCAACGGCUGUGAUGCUUGGAGCUUACGGAGCUCAUCAUCACUUCAGUGGAAGUGAUGAAAAGGAGCGUGAUCCAAAAACGAUUUUCGAAAUGACCAACAGGUAUCAUUUUAUGCACUCGUUAGCCCUGCUAGCGGCUCCCCUUGCUCGAAAACCAUAUCUGACGACGUUACUGCUAACAUCGGGAAUGGCCGUCUUUUGCGGCACUUGCUAUUACAUUUCGUUCACAAAUGACCGCCGAGUUGGCAAAUUCACACCCGUUGGCGGGUUUCUGCUGAUUUUUGGAUGGCUGUCUUUCAUCCUCUAGAUGUCAGUAAAAACAACAUUGAACGUUAAUUUAUACUCAUGGCUUUAAAGUAGUUGAAUAAAACUACAGAAAAUGGUUGAAUAUAUGUAUCUACGUAAACAAAAAACAAAUGCAU